GCUCCCGGCCACCCUCAGAGGAUUGGCUCAUCAGCCAGAUGUCGAUCCAGCGGUCGCUGUCGGUGGGCGAGGACUGGUCGCAGGACGUGCAGAGUGGCCCCCUGACCCAGCUACAGUACUGCACCGAGCCCAUCUGUCUGUCUGGGUGUACUGAACAGAAUGGAUAUUGCAACAAGCCUGGAGAGUGCAUCUGUCGUCCCGGUUGGCAAGGCCGCUACUGCGAUGAAUGCAUUCCCCACAUAGGCUGCCGUCAUGGGACUUGUAAAACACAAUGGCAGUGCAUCUGUGAUGAGGGAUGGGGCGGCCUCUUCUGUGAUCAAGAUCUGAACUACUGCACUCACCACAGACCAUGCAAAAACGGAGCGACUUGCAUGAACACUGGCCAGGGCAGCUAUACGUGCUCGUGCAAACCUGGCUUCACCGGUGUUGACUGCGAACACGAGAUCAGCGAGUGUGACAGCAAUCCCUGUAGGAAUGGCGGCAGUUGCACGGAUAUGGAGAAUGGUUAUCACUGCCUGUGCCCCCCUGGCUACUACGGCACUCACUGCGAGCACAGCGCUUUGACAUGUAUAGAUUCUCCGUGCUUUAACGGCGGCACGUGCUUGGAAAAAGAACAAGGGGCCAGCUACACUUGCGUUUGCCCUUUUGGCUUCACAGGGUCAAACUGUGAAAAAAAAGUAGACAGGUGCACAAGCAACCCGUGUGCAAAUGAUGGUAAUUGCUUUUACCUUGGUCAGAUUCGUGUGUGUCGUUGUCGGCCUGGUUUCUCUGGUCAGAAAUGUGAGAUAAACAUCAAUGAUUGUGCAAGAAACCCAUGUUCCAAUGGAGGAACUUGUCACGAUCUGAUUAACGAUUACACCUGCACAUGCUUGCCAGGCUACAGUGGCAGAAACUGUGACAUCAAAACCAGAGACGAAUGUGCUUCUGGGCCAUGUGAGAAUGGAGGCACAUGCUACAGUGGACUUUAUAGUGCCAACUUUGUCUGCUACUGUCCUUCCGGCUUCAUGGGCAACCGCUGCGAGUUGCCGGUUUAUUCAGUGCCCGUUACACUUCCGCCCAAACCAGUCCCCUGGAUUGCUAUAUCCAUGGGCGUGGGGCUGGUGGCGUUGCUCAUACUGUUCUGCAUGAUAGCAAUGGUCAUCAGGCAGAUGAGGAUGCAUCCAGAGCAGGACUCGGAGACAAUGAACAACCUGUCUGACUUCCAGAAGGACAAUCUCAUCCCAGCUUCCCAGCUCAAAAAUACCAAUAAAAAUAAAGACCUCGAAGUGGACUGCGGGCUGGAGAAAUCAAACUACAAACCCAAGAAUCAUAAACUGGACUACAAUCUGGUAAAAGACCUGACGAGUAGAGGCACACAGGAAGACAAAUAUUACAAAAGUGAAAAGUGUUUAGGAGAGAAGUCUCCCCUCCGACUACACAGUGAAAAGCCAGAAUGUAGGAUAUCGGCGAUAUGCUCUCCGAGGGAUUCAAUGUACCAGUCCGUCUUUGUGAUAACAGAAGAAAGGAAUGAGUGCAUCAUAGCCACAGAGGUAUAAGACUGAAGAUCAGCCCAUUUGCACCUCAGAUUUGGUAAUGCCAGUAGAUGGAUGUUCCUGCUGCAUUGUUUACAAUUCAGAACUGGAUCGGACUGUUUUUAACUACAUGCAACUUGCUGCUCUCAGGCGGAGGAUGGAACUGGGUGAACUGGACAGACUGUGAAUUUACUGAAAGAUGCAAUACACCUUUUUGUUCUUACUGCCCUUGUUUGAAGUUCGAUACCAGAAAUCUCGUUGGCUAUAGAAGAGGGGAGGCAGAGGGAAGAGAGAGGGGUUUAACAUGUUGUUUUAAUUUGUUUUUAAAAGAUACUGGGGCCAGUUCCUCAUGGACAGACCCCUGGCUUUCC